AUGCUGAUGGGGCAAGCAGGAUCGAUGUUUGUCGUCUUCUUCCGAACCUUGAUGGCGAUUCAUGGCACAAUGCCACCCUAUGUGGAACGUUCAUGGAAGAACUUUGUGCUGUUCUUUGUGGCACCAGUGCAGUUCAAGUUCGACCCAAAGACUGGAGAUGUUUUGCCAUCCUCGAGUGAAGACUUCAGGAGCGUGCUUUUCAAAACCGCCAAAGGCAUGGCCCUUCUAUGCGUCCUGCUGGGUCUUCUUAUCCACCACUCAUAUGAAUUGUUUCCAAGUCCUGAAGCGAAGACUCUGUUUGACUUGUUUCGCUGGUCGCAUCUUCUUUCCCAUCUUCUUAACAAUUAUGCGAUGGCCUCCCUGACAGGGAUGGGUCUAGCAUCAGGCUCUCUCGUGGUUGGUACUAUAAUUCAAGGCCUCACUGGGACGACCGUCAUAGAGCUUACUAACAGCCCCAUGACACAAUCCACAAGCGUGUCAGAUUUUUGGUCAAGGCGUUGGAAUUCUCUAGUACACCUUGUUCUAAAGGGUGGAGUCUACGUCCCCAUGAGAAAGAACGGUUUCCCUGCAAGUGUUGCAGCCUUUGUUACAUUCGCUGCCAGUGGCAUAUUCCACGAGUAUGUUUUGACUGCACUAGCAAUGAAAGCAAGAGUCCUAGAGGACGACUCCUUUUACACACCAAAGUAUGGAUAUCACUUGGCCUUCUUUGCCUGGAAUGGUUUGGCAAUCAUGAUGGAGCAUGCAGUUUCCGAUCAUCCCUUUGUAAGGUGGAUGAAAAACAAUCUUCCUCGACCAGUAAUCACUACCCUGGUCAUUUGCACUGUCCUGCCCGUUGGUCAUUGGUUCACUGACGAGUACGUCAGAAUCGGCUUCUUUGAUGAAAUUGCACUGGGUCUGCCAGUAAUGGUGUGGAUUCCAGCUUCUCAGAAUGAAUGA